AUGCAGGGCUUCAACAUGGGGCGGUAUUACCCGCCCGACGCCUCGAACGCACCAAGCUUCAACAACUCUUCACACCCUCUCGGAAAACGCGCAAAUAAGAUCUCCCAGGGCAUCCUCACCGUCCGCUUCGAACUUCCCUUCGCCGUAUGGUGUAACCAUUGUAGUCCGCCCGCAAUCAUCGGUCAGGGCGUACGCUUCAACGCCGAAAAAAAGAAAGUCGGAAACUAUCAUAGUACGCCGAUAUGGAGUUUUCGCAUGAAACACAGUGCUUGUGGCGGGUGGUGGGAGAUACGGACGGAUCCGCAGAAUUCGGAAUACAUUGUUGUAGAAGGGGCGCGAAGACGAGACUAUGGACCUGCUGGAAAAGGAGAUGAAGCGUUAGCGGAGGGAGACCUUAAGUUUCUGACCGAGGAAGAGAAGCAGAAGAGGAGGGAAGAUGCUUUUGCAGAUUUGGAGGGGAAAAUAGAGGACAAGGGAGCUGAAAAGAAGAAUAGGGAGAGAGUGGAGGAGUUAUAUGAUAAAGCGGAGGUUUGGAGGGAUCCUUAUGAGGUCAAUGCAAAACUAAGAAAGGAGUUUCGGGGGAAGAGGAAGGUUUGGCAGAAGGAAGACAAACAUAAGGAGGGUAUGCAAGACAAGUUCAGUCUGGGACUUGAUAUCGUGGAUGAAACAGAGGUCGAUCGUACACGCGCUAGGUUGAUCGAGUUUGGUGCCACGGAGACAGACGACCGCAGGUUGGGGGAUAUGGAGUGGAAGCCUCUGUUUGCGGAUACGAAGGUUGAAAAGGCUGUGCAACCUAUAUCGCAUACGAAGAAACUCAAAGCGGAGAUAGCGAAAGAGAAGAGCCGACUGGGGCUGCAGCAGACACUUGUAGGCAAUACGAGGGCGGUGGUUGAUCCGUUCCUGAACAAAAAGGCUUUGCCUGAGUCGAGGAUCAAUCUGGGGAUUUUGAAGAGAAAAAGAGAUGCUGAAGCGGAGGUGGCAGUUAUGGAUUCGUCAGCACCGUCAAAGGAGAAGGCGAACGCUGAGUCGCCUAUGAAGAAACCUGCUUUGCUUGAGGCGUUGGUCGGGUAUGACUCGGACUAA